UGCAGAAGUUCUGCGGGAAGGCGGCUUCCCAGGGCGGUGUGCUGGGGACCCACCCACGCGGCACCGCGGGAAGGGGGCUCUGCGCGCUCAACUCGGUCCCGGGGACUGCUCGCCGCCUCCACCCGCCGGCCUCCCGCAGCCCGGUCAGCGCCAUGAGGACCAAGCAGGUGAACUUGCUGAUCACCCUGGUCGCCGUCGCGCUUUUCAGCUUCUCUUGUUUCUGCAUCUACAGGAUAACUCAAACCAAUAAUCGAUUAAUUAAUUGUAGAAACCAUAUUUUGGAGUUCAAAGAAAAUAUGCUACACUUAAGAAACAAAACUGAAAAAAAUAGCCAAGAGAUGAUGAAAGUUUUGAAUCGAAUAAAGUAUGAAAUUACAAAGAGAGAAAAUUUGUCAGGAAACUUAGUUGCACAGAAAGCAGACAUAUUGAAUAAAAAUGAAACAGUAUCUAAUACAUUUGAAGACUUAAAGUUCUUUUUUCCUCAUAUAAGGAAAGAAGGCAGAAUUUAUCCUGAUGUAAUCAUUGGCAAAGGGAAAACUGGUGUUUCUUUUGCGCUGGGUAUUUCCACUGUUAAUAGAGGAAAUUAUAGUUACCUGAAACAGACACUGACCUCUGUUGUCUCCAGGAUGACGCUCUCCGAAGAGAAGGAUUCUGUAGUGAUUGUCUCGGUCGCAGAUAGUAAUGAAGAUUAUUUACAUUCUGUUGUUAAAAUGAUUACAAGAAAAUUCAAAAGGCAAGUGAGGUCUGGAUCCUUAGAGGUCAUUUCAAUACCUGCCUUUUUAUACUCAAGUAUGUUAAAUGCCAAGCACUUAGCUGAGGCCUCACAAAAAUUAGCCAGUUGGCGAAUCAAGCAAGUAUUAGAUUUUUGCAUUUUGAUGCUGUAUGCCCAACCCAAGGCCAAGUAUUAUUUACAGCUAGAAGAUGAUAUCAUAGCUAAAGAGAUGUACUUUACAAAAAUAACAGAUUUUGUAGGUAACAUCAGUUCAAAUAAUUGGUUUUUUAUUGAGUUUUCAAUGCUUGGAUUCAUAGGAAAGCUGUUUAGAUCUGAGGACUUAACUCACUUUGUACGGUUUUUUUUAAUGUUCUACAAAGAGAAACCCAUAGACUGGCUCCUGAAUGACAUUUUUCAGGUAAAGGUGUGUGACACAGGAGAAGAUCUUGGAAACUGUAUAAAAAGAAAUAAGCAAAUACGUAUUCGGUAUAAACCUUCUCUUUUCCAGCAUGUGGGUAUACAUUCAUCAUUCCCUGGAAAAGAACAAUAUGAAAAAAAAAUAUGAAGAUAAAGAAGCAUAAGAAGAAACUCCAUAAUACCUGGAACCUCAGAUAACCUUGAUUUCUAAUGGCAUGUUUCAGAAAUUGUAGUAAUAAAAAUACAUAAUUAUCUAGCAGAUAAGUAAACAAUCAAUAAACUAGUAGACUUGAAAGUACUAAAUGACUUCUUACGUCAAGAAAAAAAUAGAACAUUGAUUUAUAUUGCUUUUACCCUAUCGCAAUUUAAUUUAAAAAUACUAAAGGCAGGGGAAAUUUUUUUUUAAAUUAAGAACCAUACUUUAUUGACUCCAAUAGUGAGACCAUCACAUAAUUUCAAUAAACAGUUAAAAGUUCAAAAGCUUGCUAUUGUCGUGGAGAAGUUUUGGGUGAACUGGUAUAUGCUGUUACCCGUUUUGUUAAGACACAAAGAAAAUAAAGAAAUAGAAAGCACAAAUUUAAACAAGCCUGGAUCUGACAAUGCCACAAUGUCUUCUUAUCUUUUAAUAAAUGCAUUUAAAACUACACACUUAUCCCUAUGUACCAUUUGAACUGAUUAUCAGACAUCUUGAUACAUAUGUAUUUUGAUAGUCAUUUAGUUCUAAAGAUUUCAUAGUUUCUCUCAUUAUUGCCUUCUUAACGCACAGAUUAUUUGGGAGUUUUUUUCCCAAAUAUAUUGGUUUCUCCAUCUUUUAUUGUUAAUUUCUAAAUUACUUGCAUAGUGGUUAUAGAACUUUACCUAUGUGAUAAAAUUUUGAGAAAUGUUGUGAAUCCUUAUGUUCCACAUGACUUUGGAAAGAAUGUAUAGUUUCUGUAUACUCCCUUUUAAACAUGUUAUAUUCAUUUGUUUUUAAAAGUGUUGGUUUUCUGCUUUAAAAAUAUCUUUUAAAAAUAUUCCUAUCUAUUGAGUGCAAGAUUCUCUUAUAUCAGGUUUUUUAAUUUGGUCGUUGAAAUCUUUUCACUCCUUACUAAUUUAUACAUGGUUGAUCCAUCAGUUUCUUACAGGGGCCCAUUAAAAUCUAUUUUUCUUCUUGAUGUUAUUUUAUAAGAUAUUAUUUAUUUUGAGCAAUAAUAAGUGAUAUUUGUUAUCCUUUAAUCAAAUAUUGUGAAAUUCUUCAUUUCACAUUGUUGCCUUAUUCUUGAGUGCCAAGAUCUCACACAUUCGCCUCGGUGUGAACUGUAUCAGAUACCAAUUUAUAAAGAGAAUAU